ACACACACACACGCACACACACGCGCGCGCGCGCGCUCACGUAUAAUUUCCUUCACCUGGCUCAAAGUUGGACUCGAACAAGCGUAGAGUGGGCGCCCAGCACAAAGUCAAUAAUGCAAAACGAAUCGAAAUUAUAAAAUAUAUAUAAUAAAUCAAGUGAAAUUGAAAUCAUUUUUACUUCAUUAAUCUUAAUCGGACAUUUUUUUAUCUUUUGUGAACGACACGCUCCGUGUCAAAUCAACGCAGGCGGGAAGUGACCGACGUCACCUGACGCCUUCAGUAUUGGAAAAAAAUGACUCAAACAUGAUUGAAAAGAACAAGUUAAACAACGUGUUUGAUGUUUGUGCUUGUGCUGUACAACUGAGAAAAUUUUGAAAUAGGCCACAACGUCAAAAAAGGCAUUUUUCCGGUGGACAAUUUUUAUUACGGUUCAUGCUUUUUCUUCUCUCAUUGGUUAUUCAUGUUGACCAUCACCUUGCACAACAGAAAUAAAACAAAAUAACUCGAAAUAAUCUACAAAGGGUUUUAGGGAAAAGAGUUGUACGUGAGACAUCCUUUAUUUCAUGAUCGUAGUGUGAAUGAUAAAUUUCACCUUGCACAAAGAAAAAAAACAAUGACUGGAAAUUAUCCAGUCAAAAAUUCGGGCACAAUUAAACUGUUCGGAGUGUCAUCAGACGGCGUCGCCACCAGAGGACAGCACGGCCUCAAAUAAUGUAUUCCACCUGAUGACUAAAGCACAUAGUGUGAAAUUUCACUUCUUAUUUAUAUACAAGUGUACUAUGAAAAGUAAACAAUUUGACAAUGAAAUUACGUUUCUCUGCGUUAAAAUGUCAACAAUGAUCUUCAACCAUUACGUACCUGCCAGUCAACAACAAGGGCAAAAUUAUUUGUAGAGCGAGCGGAAGAGUUAUUUUAGUCGCUCCCAAAGCUCUAGUCCGACCCCUCCCGUAAAGUCAAAACAAACCCGGAGAGCGUGACCGAAAGUCGGACUCGAUCAGCGAGCCGCCCCUGUCCGGCGGCGAUGGCCCACCAUGCCAACAUCUCCGUGACGGAGAGCCAGUUUCGCUGUCCCAUCUGCUUGGACGUCCUUCAGGACCCGGUGUCCAUCCCGUGCGGACACACCUACUGCAUGGCGUGCAUCGACGGCUACUGGGACCGUGCCGAGCCGCCGGCGCACUUCAGCUGCCCGCAGUGCCGCGAGGCCUUCAGCCCCCGGCCGGUGCUCCGCCGGAACACCGUGCUGGCCGAGGUGGUGGCCAAGCUCAAGCCGAGAGAAGCCUCGGAGCUCUCCGAGCCACCCGAGCUGUACCUGGGCAUCGCGGGCCAGGUCCCGUGCGACUUUUGCCCGCCGGAGAGCAAACUGGCGGCGGCCAAGUCGUGUCUGGUGUGCCUGGCCUCCUUCUGCGAGGCUCAUGUGCUGCCCCACCGGGAAGUGGACACCUUACGGCGGCACAAGCUGGUGGCCGCCGUGGAGUGUCCCGCCGAGCGGCUCUGCGCGCAGCACCGCCUCGGACUGCGGCCGCGAGCCGGCGGGGACGUCGAGCCGGAGGAGGCCGCGGUGGAGUGGAGCGGAGACUGUCUGCUGUGCGAGGCCGACCGGGAGGAGGCGCACCCCGGGGAGGCUCAGAGGGCGCGGAGACAGGUUCAACUUCGGCAGUUUCAUAGGAUGGUUCAGGGCAAAAUCCGAAGCUGUGAGCGAGAGCUGGAGGAGUUCCAGCAGAGCUUGGAGUCCCUCAAGGUGUCGGCAUCGGCCGUUUUGGAGGACAGCGAGUCGCUUUUUGCUGACAUGGUAACACGACUGGAGAAGACAAAGGCUGAGGUGCGAGCGCGCGUGGACGCUCGCUCGCGAGCGUUGGUGGCUCGCGCCGAGCAGGACGCGGAGACGCUGGAGAAAGAUCUGGAGGAACUACGCAGGCGAGACCGGGAGAUCGAACAACUUCUUCAGACCCAGGACAGCGGGCACUUUCUGCAGGUGGCGCCGCUGCUGUGCCUUCCCAUCGCGGCCGCCGCCCGGCCCUCACCGACGUCUGGCCCCUCCACCGAGGCCUUCAGUGGGGCGAGGGGGGCCCUGGGGAGACUUCGCAGCCGCCUGGAGGAAGUCUGCAGAGAGGAGAUGGACUCCAUCAGCAGGGCGGGCGCAGUAAAUGCGGCCGCCGAGAACUUCAAGCCUAAGCAUUCCCCUCGCCAUUCACGACAAGAUGACACACAGUUGUUUGCCUCGUCGUUCUCUCCGUCCUUGCCGCUUCUGCAGCCGGCCGACCAAAGGAUGAGGGCCGUCUUCCUAAGGUGUAAGUUCUCGUCUUCAUCACCCCAAAAAAUUUGCUGUCAUCUGUCCUUGGACCCGGACACGGCCCACCCCACACUGGUGCUGUUCGACGGAGGCCAGGGGGCCCACUGCGGCGAGGAGCUUCAGUCGUACCCGGCGCACCCCCAACGCUUCGACUCAGUGGCUCAGGUCCUGUGCUGUCAGGGCCAGUUUGGCGACGCCAGCUACUGGGAGGUCGAGUGGCGCGGCGGCGGAUGGAUCGACAUCGGCGCCACCUACAGGCGAAUCGGACGCAAAGGCGGCGGAAAACCCUGUCUGCUGGGCCGCAACGAGAACUCGUGGCGACUUCGCUGUACGCAUGCCGGUUACGCCGCCUGGCAUGACAACCGUAAGACCACCGUGGCGGCGGCGCCGUGCCCGCGCAUCGGCGUUUUCCUGGAGCGCCACAAGGGGGCGUUGUCCUUUUACAGCGUGUCAGACAGCGUGGUGCUGCUGCACACCUUCAGAUGUGCCUUCUCGCAGCCCAUCUAUCCGGCCUUCCGCCUGGAUCUGGACUCCACUCUGCUCCUCUGCCCUCCUCCAGCGUACUAAACGGCCGUGACCAUCUCUCCAAUUUUUAUUUUUCAAACUACAGUGAAUCCCCACAGUCACGGUUUGGCAUGGCUUGUAUAAAAAUAUUGCUUUUGGCGCAGCUUUGGUGGCCACUUGGUAACUAUGUUGAACUGAAGAGGACGACCUUCAUUUCGCCCUGUCUCAUGGG